ACAAACCCCGGGAACCAGGCUGGAUGUUUACAAAUUUGGCGCGAGAUUGUGGAAAAUGGAAGUGGAGUUAGAGAAUGCAGAUUCGGAGAUCCGCGGUGGCAGAUCUCAAGAAGAUGUUUUGUCGGUCCUGGAGUAUGCCAAGUUGCAGGCAUGUGACCUUCGGAGCCGUACUCAGUGUAUCCUGUUCUCUAACACACUGGACAACGAACAUAUAAAACUCUUGGAACUUGACUCCAGCGUCUUGGACACAAUCAUGGCGGGAGACAGGGUUGUUAUCCGCGGCGACAAAGAUGACAGUGCUGUGCUGUGCACACGAGACAAGACCUAUGAGGUGAAGGAAGCUGAAACGUCCAACUCAUUGUUGAUACUCCCCAACCUGCACCAUGGUCCAGACCUGCCGACCGAUACUCCCCACGAACUCCAGUACAGAGAGGUUAUUUCUGUGCUGGACAAGUAUUUUGAGUUGCGUCCAUGCAAGCCGAGGCUGCGGAAGUUGAAGUCGUUGCUGCAGGAGAACCAGUACAGCGGGCGGGAGUGUGAGGAGGAUGAACACCACCAGGGCAGAAAGUACACCUACAGUGAGCAGCUUGAGAUGGUGCAAGCAAGUGAAGAGGAGGUGAAAGAUGCUCUAAAGUCCUACAAGGCCUGUCUUAUCGAUGGAUACUGGAGGAUGUUGGACUUUGACUUCCUGAUGCAAGUGCUGAACCACGUCCUGCAGCUGUGUGAGGAGCACGACUGGCUGACGACCGGGGUCAAUAUGACCGAGUGUUGUGACACACUACAGGACCUCUACCCCAGGAAUGUGGUGGAGCAUGUUGUACAAUGUUACUCAGACUCCAAGACACCCCAGGGGGAGAACACAGACCCAGUUAAUGUCCUCAAUGAAGACAAAAUCUGCAGGUUCUUUGCUGAGUUGACACUGAGGAAUUCUGGGAAGUUCCAUUACGAUGAGUUCCUGCAAGUGUGGCAGCAGUGCGUUCCUGCAGGCAUGAAUACCAGCCUGUACCAGAUAGAGGGCAUGGCUUUGGUUGAUGAGGACAGCAUCCCGCCUGUUAUCUGGUACUUUACAGCAGAGGACCUCCCAGAGGACACAGCCGAGAGGUUCGAGUACUUGUUCCAGACAAGGAAGAAAUGGACUAGAGAGGAGAUAACUCCAUACAUUAAGGACCUGACUACAAAUAAAGUUGACGUGGGAGCCCUUCUUACCAAAUAUGCACGGGCAUCAUUACAGAAUGGCAUCAAAGUGUACAGUUCCAGGAAAACGUCAGCUUGAAAGGAUCACUUGCAGCCACAGGCAGUUUGGUUUAUCCCUUUUGUCAGGCUUUUCAAAAUGUCCACAGAGGACAUGUCAUUCACAGUGUGGAGGAUAACUUGGAUGGAAAAAGAUCUUCAGAUUUUGGGGCUUCGGAUUUGUAGUUGUGGAAAAAGGAUUCUGUUUGUUAUGUAAGGCCGUACUCAGCAAUAUUCCAGCUAUACGAUGGCGGUCUGUAAAUAAUCAAGUGUGGACCAGACAAUCCAAUGAUCAACAGCAUGGACAUCGAUCUAUGGUGAUACCAAGUCUGACCACCUGAUCCCGUUAGUUACCUCAGCAUGGGUUGCUGAAGACCAAUUCCGAAACAAGAAACAUGCUCCAGAGACUGUACACUGAUCAGUAUAUGGUCUCUUCAUGCAGAUUACUUUUGAAGUUUGAAAUAAGUGUCGCUUUAACAAAAGAAGUCAAGUAAUUAGCGGAAAAUUAACAGAGGAACAUUUUGUCGAGAUGGUACUGUCGAGAUGGUACAAGUUAACUCCAGAAACAGUUAUCUCCCUUGAUCUGGUGUUGGUGGGUCUGGAACAAACGAUGCUGGGGAUUAUAAGGAGUCACAUCCUUUGAUUCAGACAGUACUAUUCCGAUGACAUCGUCCAGGGUUACACAUUUUGUAUUUAAAUGAAUCAUGGGUAAUAAAUGAUUCUAUUUGAGAAUGUGAUUGUCUGGAAGAUGAGAUUAAUGAUCAACUGGUAGAUUAAUGGGAUGUCAGGGGAUUGUUGUUGAAAUCUUUUACGCUCACAGAAUCAAAAUAUCUGUGAUGGAUGAGUCAGCCUUGGAUAGAACUGUUCAGAAGACUUGAAUGUCCAUAGAUGAGUUGGACUGUGAGAAUACUAGACAUAUUAGAUUAUUCAUAAAACAGUAGAAAUAGUGAUCAUCGCGGUAACUGUUGUAUCAGACACCCUCUAUGUUCUUGCUUUUGGCAGAUUCGAUCAAUUACCAAUAUAUGUAUCUAAAUUUGAGUUACUGCUCCAUGAAGUUGUGGAGAAUUUUUGAAAUUGUACAGACAAACUUUUGAAUGUAAAUAAAUGUACAAAAUAUUGA